GUGAGGGAAGAGAAGUGCCAGAAAAACUGUUGGCAGGCUGCGGUUCGCCCAAAAUAGCGCCAACUAGCGAAUCAUGAAUUGUCGCUGUUCUUUAAUUGACCAAUCAUCGAUCACCUAAGAUCUUUGCAGCAGAGUGAAUGACACUUCAACCUCAGCAACUCCACGCGCGCCCUACAAAUGCAGACACGCCGGCAGGGAGCGAAGGCCAAGGCUCCGAUGAAGAAGACCUGUGAGCUGGACGACACGCCAGAUGAAGACGCUCGCUCUUAUGACGGAGAUAAGGAGAAUGAGGUGAAUGCGGUCAAGCCAGGACGCAAGAGUAAGCGGGAGGAUGGCACUAGAGCAGGGAAUGGCAAGAAGAGGCUGUCCAAGAGACAGAAGGUUGACAAGUCAGCUGGGAAUGCGGUCAGCCAGGAAUCGCCGCCGAUCUUCAUCUUCAACACGUCGAAAACUUCGUUCCGCAAGAGGAGGCAGCUCAAACUUGAGAGACAACAUGAUGAUGAUGAAAAGAAUAAGAAGCGCAUCGAGGAUCUGGUUACCUACUUCAAGAACUUGGACAAGCAGAAGCUCGAGACGGUUUGAAGCACUGUGAGGUAACUUUUGUGCUUCCUUGUUUUGACAAAACAGUCUCCUGGUGGGGCUAACCUAGCUUAUUCCGGCUACGCAGUUGCCAGCGCCAGAAGCUGGUCGCAGUAGCGAGGGCUUUGGUGACGUGUCCGGUUUUCUUCUGCCUUUUUAGCCAGCCGAGGGGCAUCAAUCACUAUGGUUUCCUUGAGAACCUUGAAGACAGCCUCCUGCAUCGGAUCCACAGCCAAUUAAUUAUGAGUUACAAUAUUCCUCUCAGUAGUAAAAAAAAAAUCCUGUGCACGUUCUCUUACCUGGAUGUCGGGUUCCGAAUCGUCUAGGUGGACGAAAAGGCAGUCCAUCG